UUCAUGUAUAAUUUUCUUGGUGUUGAGGAUUUUUUUCUUUUCAACCUUCAAUUUCCUAUUCAGUUUCCAAGAACUAACAUUGAAUAUUCGAUAAACAGAAAAAAAGCUAAAUCAAACGUAUACAAGGCUUGUUUACAAUGUAUGGAAUUUACGUAAAUGCAAAACAUUCAUUGUUAUUGUUGCAAAAUAACAUACUAUCUUCGAUUGAAGUGAUUUUUGCAUUGUUUACGGCUUAACUCACAAGUGUAAUCAUGGAAGUUAACCCUUUGAACAUAUUUUUCGUGAAAUCGGACAGUAAAGGUGAUAGACUAUUGUUUAGAUAUCCCUAUAAGUUGGACAACAAAGAUGAAAACACGCAAAAGAAAUGUGGCCGUCAUAAUCCGUACGCAAUUAACUGCAAUGAAGAUCUAUUGCAAAAUCCACAAACACAGACAUCUAAUGUCUACAAAGGUCAACUCAGUGGCUUCACAGACGAAAUGCUAUCAACAUUGUUUGCAGUGAAAGCUGAACUAUGUAACAGGAAGUUUGAAUUAAAAGUGAAUGAUGUAAGAUUUGUGGGCCAUCCAACUCUCCUGCCUUAUAGGACUAACAAGGAUGAUACAGCUGCUAUGAUUCUUAUAAAUAUUGUAUUCGCUUUACAAGCAUCUGCAAGUCAUUCUAUAGUAAAAUGUUAUUAUGAUCUGAGCAAGAGAUUGGGUAAGGCUUUGAGGCAUGAAGAAAAGAGAUGUUCCUAUUUGACUGAAGAAAUGAAAAUAAUGUUGGCAACGCAUGAUGAAGUUUCAGCUCUGGAAAGUGAAGUAAAUUCAAGAGAGAAUGAUGAGGAGGAUGAAAAUUUACGUCACUCUGUUAGUUCAGCGACAUACAGUAAUGAUAACUGUGGUGAUGGUUCUCCCAAGUCAGCAUUUCAUUUGAUAUUACAGAGAAGUUCAUUGGCAAGGUCUAUGAAAGCUGUAUUUGAAGGUCUCAGUUCAACAGGUAUUGUACAAGUUCGUAUAAACAAUUGGGUACUGCUAUCAUUCUGUUUGCCUCACAAAGCUCAUCAGAUACAUAAUAGAGGACUGAUCAUUGAACCUGAAUGUAUAGACAAAUGUCUACAGAAGCUCAGACCUUACCAUGGCAUCUUACUUAUGGUGGAUCCAAAUGAACUAUUAGCAUCAAUUCCUCUUGAUGGAAGCCCAGCAUUAUUAAGAUUGAUCAAGCUGUAUAGUCCUCUAAAAAGCUUACAGACACUCGCUAUUGAAGCUGACUUAUCUUUCACACAGGUGUCCCAAUUAACAGGUCACCUAGUGUACUGGGCGAAGGCGACAGUGAUAUAUCCGUUGUGCGAAGGCAAUGUGUAUGUUGUUGCUCCUUGCGGCAAUGUGAACAUACACUCUCCACUGUUAGACGAGUUCGCUAAAGAGUUCCCGGGUCUCUGUCUAGUGCAAAUGUUAAGUGAGUUCUCCCUGCCGGCCCCGCUGUGGUUCAAGGCGCGAGGCGGGGGCGGCGGCGGCGGCGGCGGGGGCGCGCGGCUGGCGCGGGUCGUGGCGUGGCUGCUGCGCCGCAAGCUGCUGCUGCAGCUACACACAUAUGUACACUUCAACUCUCCUAACUGGAAUGAUGAUCCCGAUGGUCAAGAGUAUUACUGCGAGAAACAUGACAUUUACAAUCAAUCAUGCAACAUUUCGUUCUCUUCACUAAAUCAAAUGCAACUGAACGUUCCGGAACCUGUGGAACCGAGGGAAAGUGCAAACACAUUCCCCGACUCAGACGAGGACUAUCCUACAGAGAAUAAUCUAAACCAAACCGAUUUCUCGCAUACGAAACCGAUUGUAAUCGAAUCCGAACAUACGAAACACGAGAAAUUCCAUACGAACGAUUCAGCGAAUCAUUCGUUCGACGAUGGGAUGGAUGUUGUCGAUGGUUUCGUUCCGAAACCGAACGGAGUGAACGGUUUCGGUCAUAACGAUCAGAAGAAGCAACCAAACUCUGUCGAUAGUGGUAUAUCGAAUAAUGUUAAUGGUGAUAAAUUGCAUAUAAAUGGAUCUAUGGAUGUUGACCAUAAAGAAGUUAAAAUAGCAAAUCCAAUGACGUCACGAUUAUCAGAUGCGUCAUUAAAAGAGAAAGAUGCUCCUAAUAAUGUUGAUUGUGAUGAAAAUAUGAUGGAUUGUGAUGUAUCACCAAGACAGAAGAACCAGAAUGUGUUAACCAAUGGUACAGAUAAAAAGAACGGUGUUUCUCUUAAUUUGAAACUACAAAAUGAAAUGAGUUUCCAGCCGCCGACUGUGUGCGGGGGUGUGGGGGAGUGCGAGGCGGGUGCGGGGGCGGUGGCGGGGGCGGGUUCGGUGCGCGCGGGGUGCGCGGGGGACGAGUCCCCGCUGCACUCGUUCACGCCGGCGGAGCGCGCCGCACUCGCCGCGCUGCCCGCAGCCAACAACCCGGAUGAUCUGCUGCUACUCGCUACACUACAUAAGAAAGGUUAUUUCCGCGGCGAAACACAUCUAGAAGAGAUAAUGUUUAUGGAGAAUGUAACUCGGUCACAGCUAAUGCAACUGCUGGAUAAGUUCAAAGGUGUGCUCAUCACCUUCGAGACUGAGGACCCCGCCGUCGCUAUGCUCUACCCUUACCAGUAAUAUUACCCUAGUUAUUAUGGUAAUAUUACUUGAAUUAUUAAUUUAUAUUACCGGAAUAAUUAUUGUAGUAAUAUUACUUGAAUUAUUAAUUAAUAUUACCGUAAUUCAAUUUACAGCCUGUUAUUACUUAGAGAAAUUAGGUUAGAAUUAAACAAAAUUUAACAUCAAAAUAUAUAUUUUCAUUCUAUAUGCUUUAUAUUGAAAUGGUUCAGACUUUUUAUUGUUUAGAUUUUUGCGUAUUGUAAGAUUUUGGAAUUAAUUACAGUAAUUUCGAAUUGUACACAGUCUGUUAGUAAUAGAAUUAAAUGGUUACCGAAAAAAAUUAUCUAAUCUCUAAAACUCAGUUUUACCAAAGUUUUUAACUGAUUUUUUGUUUUUAAAUGUGUACCCAAUGUUAUCCCUGUUUCUCAGUAUUAUAUGUAUGUAUUUAUGGUAAUGUAAGAAUGGUAAAAAUAUGUAUGCUUUCAUACUAAAAUGUUUUUUAUUGAAAAUUGCGCCUAGUUUCGUGUUAUGUAUAGAUUUAUUUAUUACAUCUUCAUCUAAAUGCCUAAAGUAAUAUGUAUGUUAUUCCAUUAAUAUGUUUAGUGUGAUAUUGUAGCGUUUUAAAUAUCAUAUACUGUGAUGUAACUAGAGUAGUAAUUUGUUGUAUAUUAUUGAGAAUUUUCAAUGUCUAAACAUAUAACACUUGAUGUUUUUCAGCCUUCAUGUUUUUUUUUGAAAAAAAGGAGCCAAUUUUUUUUUAUAUUUCCAUUCCGGAAUUAAAAAAAAUUGGGUCGAAGUAUGCCUGAUUUUGUAUAAAAUUAUGUUAUCAUGUAAUCUUUUUAAAAUUUAAAUUCACUUUGGUCAAAAGUUACUCUUCUAUUAGUCAUUUAAUCUCAUUUGUAUAAUGAAUAUAAAAUUGUCAUACUACUAUAUCUUAAGAAAUAUAUUUAUUAGUUUUA